AUGACCGACGUGAGCCGGAACACCAAUUUGGUGGAGACCCUAUCGAGCUUACGAUGUCCGCAAAUCCGGGAGAGAGACUUGAUGGCUGCCCUGCAGCAUUUGAUUGACCAUGGAGGCUCCGCCGACACCCGAUGCCCCUCCAACCACUUUGCGUUGGGUCUCGGCGUCAACAGGGUAUAUCCCCGCCGCGAAGCGCGGAUUCUCGCAUUACAAACCGCCCCCGGGAACCGAGGCCGGGCAGCAGACGGUGACAGAGAUGGGGACGAGAUCCAGGCCCUUCUGGAUCAAAUCGAUGCCAAUCCCAAGGUACUUGACCAGCGAGAGCCCGAAGAAUUUCUCAUCAUCAAAAUCGGUAAUUUGGUCCAGUCGCUAGCUCGGAACGACGAGAAAGGACUGGAUCUUCAGUUCCUGUCGAAUAUUGCCAUUGACUACCUGAUUGCUAUCGAGGCCGGGGCCUGAGCACGGCGCAAGCUCGGGAUAGAUAUUGCUCUGACCGAAGUUUCCUCGUCGAAGAAUGUGGCCGACCUGGCGAAGCUGGCUCUCAGACCGCUGCGACAGAAAUAUGACCAGUUUCUAGACAAGGCGGCGACCUCCUAACACUGCCAAGAGCCAACCGGCUUUAUUUACAAAGGUAAUGUUAUUUUGUAAAUUAUGAUGGCCA